GGAGGGAUAGCUCAUUUAAACCUGUUUGGUCGGACUUCACUGCUGAGAAAAACUGCCCCAGCCACAUCAGUCUGCAAAACGCUCCUGAGAUGAUGUCUAUUUCCUUUUUCCUGCUCUUUAUCAUCAUGGAUGGGGUGUCCUGUAAAGUAUGCAGUUAUCAGGAUGUUCUGGACUACCUAAACCUGACGGUAGACAACAGUGUGUUUAAACUGACCCGACCCGUUCUGGACCACACACACACCACAGUGGUGAAGUCGGACAUCAUCCUCUACGCCAUUCUGUCCGUGGUUGAGAAAACACAAACCUUUGUGCCGUUCCUCUGGGCAUCAGUGCAAUGGAAAGAUGAACGCAUCUCUUGGGAUCCAGCUCAGUUUUGCGGAAUCACUGAGAUUUCAGUUCCUAAAGACAUGCUCUGGAAACCUGACCUCUUAAUCUAUGAGAUGAUACAGAAGGAUGACUCUCCUCCAAAUCCAUACCUGCUGGUGAGUCAUGAAGGAUCCGUCUUUUAUGAUGAGGACAUGCGUGUGGUUAGCACUUGUAAGAUGGACGUCCACAAGUUUCCAUUUGAUACUCAGGAAUGCAGCAUAUCCAUUGGUUCUGCGGUACACUGUGUAAAGGAAAUACGAAUGUCUCCUUUCUCAAAUUCCUCUCGGGCAACGCAGUUUUCCCGAGAGAUAAUGAAGACUCAGGGGGAGUGGGAGUUCCUGAAAAUGUCCGUCGAAAGCUCCAACCUCAGCUUGUAUGACAGACGUUGGGAACUGCUCACUUACACGGUCACCAUAAAGAGGAGACCUCUACUUCACGUCAUAAAUUUCCUGUUGCCUAUCCUGUUUUUCCUUAUUCUGGAUCUCGCCUCCUUCUUCAUUGCUGACCAUCGAGGGGAGAAGCUGGGCUUCAAAGUCACGGUGCUGCUGGCCAUCUCUGUCCUCCUGCUCAUCCUUAAUGACAUCCUGCCCUCCAUGUCCAACAAGACUCCACUGAUAGCGACCUACUGCAUUGUGAUUUUUGCUCUGAUGCUGCUCAGUCUGCUGGAGACAAUCCUGGUAACGUAUCUGAUGGAAAAAGACUCCGAAGAUGAAUUGUGGGAAAGUGAGGAGGACAAACACAAACAAGUCAAAACAAACUGUAGUUCAGACAACAAAAAAACAAAUGGCUGCCACUGCAUCUGCCAAGCCUGUGACAGUGAGAGACAGCAGGAUCUCCUUAAUGCUGAUGAGGAGGUGAACAACAUCAGUCACUCGAGGGAUACAAAUGUUUUGCUGUUGAUCCUGGACGAGUUGAAGAAGUUGCAGAACAUGAUGAAUCAACAUCUUGGCCCCAGAGAGGAAAGAGUGAAGUCUGUAUUCUGGGCAAAGAGAAUCAACCGAUUUUUUUUUAUUUUUUAUGUUAUAACUGUUUCACUCUUUCUGUCCUUCAUCUGUAUGGAAUGGUACUGUUAGAAAUAUAAAAUCCUUCAUUGCAAUACCGUAUUGUACAAUGUCCAAUCAGUAUGUAUUGUAUCUGUAGCUGUGCUGUUAGAAAUAUUCUGCUUUGUAACAAAUUUCAUGCAAAUUAGCAUUUUAGGCUUUUCUGAAAUUAAAACAAAGUUAGAGAAUUCAACAAGCAAAUACUUUAUAGUAGAGAUACUUCAAUCCAUCCUCAAUAAACUAAUACAGAAAGUGAAUACAUUAUAAACAAUUCAGCUGUGCAGCGAGCGGCUGAAACACCAGUCAUUUGCAUAUUAAGACAUUCAAAGCAAAGUGCUAUGAAGAAGGAGAAAAGCAUUUGUGUAAGUUUUGACCUCACAUGUUUUUAACUGAAACUAUACUAAAAUAUGUUACAAGCUGAACUGCUGCUUAAAUAGCUUUAACUUACAGAGACAAAUACCUUAGAUCGGUGUAGAGUAGAAACAUUUCUGAUUGAGACAUCCCUACGUACUACACUAUAUGAAACUUUUAAUUCUUAUUUUUGCUUUUUUUAUUUACCAAAAAACUGUAAAAAUUGUUCAACAGAAUAUUUAAAAAUAAAGCUUCAGUCUUAACUUUAUUAAUACCAUUUCUGUUUUUCCUUUCAUUUUAAAAUACUAAAUUUUUCUGUUGAGUGAAUUUCUUUCAGAUAAUUGGUAAAAACAAAAAGAAAAAAAAAAAAAAAAAAAAAAACAUAAGGUCAAACAAUGAAGCCUUGAAAUUCCUGCAACCAUUAAAUCUAAAUUUAUAUAGAAAUCAUAAACAUGGAAACUCUGUUUGGGGUCAAGCUACUAACUAAUAUACAGUAUAUCAUAUAUGCACAAAAAUACACACAAGGAUAGAUGUUUCUUACAGAGCAGCAGUAACAGACGGUUGUACCAUGGAUGGCUGGAAAAAUAAAAGUUAGGAGAUUAUAUCCUGUGUAUGAAAAUGUAAAAAGCUGUAGAAAUAAAACAAUUACCUUUUUCUGUUUCAUAUUAACCAAGCUCAGUGCAUUCUGCUUUUAAUCUGAAAAAACAACCCCAAACAGAAACCCCUAAUCAUUUAGCAUUUCAGAUUUUUGCUCAAAAGUUAAAACAUUUGUUUAAAUGUUUAUAUUUUAUGAGUCCACAAAACAUACACCUGCAAUUUACUCUUGAAGUGGCCAUUUAUGGAUUUUGACCCUUAAUUUAAUUUAAUCAAAAAUAUUUUGUUUUAAUGAAUAUUAUAUAAGUAGAGCCUAUAAAAAUUUUUUUAUGAGGGAAUAUAGUUGAAUAUAUUAUUCACUAAUUAGAAAAGAAAUCAAAACAUACUUUUCAAAAUAGGAAGACCUAAAAUGUGCCGUGUGAUUUUAUAUUUAUGGCAAUGACUUAUGCAGUCUCCUGGAUGUCAGCUUGACUCCUAUGGUUCGUGUUACCUUAUCUUUCUCAACUGAAUAAAGAAAUAUAUUUCUUUCUUUGACCACACAGAUGUCAUUAAUUUAAAUGUACAGUUUUUAUGUUUUAAAUAGGAGCUAGGUAGCCUAACUGCUUACUGCAACUCACUGAUCCUGAGUUUUACAGGAAUGUUUACCUCCAAGGGAAUUGAAAACAGCUGUUCAGCUGCAUUUUUGCCAUAAUCCUUUUCAUAUUGAUCAAUAAAAGACAUUUGAACUGA